AAUAAAUGCAGGGCUUGCACUACGACGCUUCAUCAGAUUUCGAGUUUGUCUCAUCGUUCUGAAACAUGGUGUCAAAGAUCUGGUUUACUGUAUUUCUCCUGCUAAAGGCCGUUAUCGAUUUCUCAGGUUUAAGAUAUUUCUUGUAGCAAACCUUAUUCUGUUCUUUAAAAGUUCUUUUCAAACAUUAAUUUUCUUUUUUUCUCCUUCUUUUAUCUUCAUUCAGAGGCCCAGGAAACACCAGAAGGUAAGCUCUUUUUUUAAAAAGAAAAUAUCCAUUUCUCUAGUACCUUAAAUGAUCUGUUGUGUGCAACCACAGCUUAAAGUAGCCCUAAUGAAGAAAAAAAGGAGAGAUUGGGAGUUUCAGGAAUAACUUAUUAUAAACGUCACUUAUUCUUUUUUUCAGGAAUAAGUUUGCUUUAAUUUUUUAUCAGCUUACUACAGCAUACCUUAGCUGUCUAAAAUCUUUCUUCUAACUUUCAAAUUAUUGGGGGAAUAUCCCAUUUUCACCUCUCAAAGCCAGCGAAUUAGAGCUUUCCCCUUUUAGUGGGACUCUUUUAGAUUAGUUCAAUUAUGAGUCAACAAGAAGUCUUGCAUUGAUCGAGUUUUAAGCAUUGCAUGCCUUGCAUACAUUCGAGUCAGUGGUACUAACUGAAAUUUGUAUUUGGCAGUUUUUUUGCGCAAUUUUAACGCACAACGUUCCAUUCUUUUUCUCUUUUCACAAUUUUUCAAAAUGAAAUAACUAAAACCAUUCAUAUAAAAGAAAAAAGCUGAAAAUAUAAGAAAAUUCCUAUGGCAUCUCUAAGCCACCAUAGACGUGUUUUCUACUGUUUGACAAAUUAUGCGAUUAUACGGUGCAGAAUUUUGUGGUCGGCAGUUCGAAUAGCGACGAUGGAACAUAAACAGAUCAAGAAAGAAGCACGUAAAAGUCAAAAAUUAUCUAAUGGUUGUCGGCUCAGUUUGAUCUAGUUUCGUAGCUCGGUUUUUUAUAUAACACGAUCGAGUGCCUAUUGAGUCCACAAGCGAGUUUGUAGAAAGAUAGCAGUUCAUCUGUCCCUUUUAUUUAUAGUUAGUAUAUGGAUAUUUUCGUACUGUACCAGGACCAAUCUUCCAGUGUUUCCAGAUGUUUUACGGCAAAUGGUAGCAACGAGGAAACUAUACGGGAAUACUGCAACUGGAAAUACCGCUGGAUCAUCUGACUAAUUUCGGAUCCAUUGUGAAUGGAACAGCGUAGAUCACUAAUCCGUUAGUCUGGAUUUGGAUUCUUCGGAUUUCAAAUUCAAUGAAUCCUUUAAGGGAAGUUCAACAGCUCAAAAAUCCGGAUUUAGAUUUGCCGAAAGGAACACAAAAGCUGUUUUAAGAUCUAAAAUUUCACCGAAAGGAACACACCCUAAGUAUAAAGUGCAAAUGCAUUUUUUUAAAUUAAAAUUUGCAUUCUUCCUGCGCCUGAUCGACUCCUCGUCCAUCAAAUGAACUGAUAUGAUUUAUCUGAUCACGCAACCUUCGAUCGUUACGACUGUUGUCAUCGUCGCUUUUAAGGCUUUGAAGCUCUUUUACUUCCAGUUGAGUAUUCUUUCGUACAUUCCCUCUUUAUUUGUGUGAUCUAUGAAAGUGUAUUUUGAUCAGGGAUGGAGCGAAAUGAAGGAAAAACCACCUUCUUGAUAAUUCUCCCGUUCGGUUCGCAUCGGAAGUCUUUUUGAAUUUUAAUGACAUCUCCAUGUACCCAAGAAAAAAUUUUCGCCUCUGUCCCACCCCCUCCUCCCCGCCCAGAUAUUGGAACAGAGGACAAAGGGAAGUCUAUGGGGAUAGAAUUAAAUCUAGUAGGGAGGGUAGGGAACAAUUCGUUUAAUUAACAAUUAAUGAAUGAGGCUAAGUAUCGUAUGAAGAAUUAUGGAGAUCGAGGAGGGUGUUAUAGGAUAACACCCCCCGAGAUCUUCCUAAUUCUUCAUAUGAUACGAAAGCCGAAUUCAAUAAUUGUUAUCUUAUUCAUUCAAAAUAAUUGCUAGUCUAAAAACAUGGCUAAAACAUGCUUACCUCCAUCGAUCCAUCGAUGUUAAGUUCAUCUUCGUUAGUGAACGUUUAGGGUUGUUCAGCUCUGCAAAUAUUCUCCAAAUAGCAGAUGUCGGUCUUCGAGUUGUAUUCUUGCUGUUCUUGGCAUGUUUUUAGCAAUUAUUUUGCCUAGUUCUUACUCUUGAAACGAGUAAAAUGUCCGCCAUUUUUGUUUCCACAACCAAAACAACUCAACUUCGUCCCCAGGUCUUCUCUGUAAACGGUUCAUAACCUGCAAAAACGCUGCAUUUUUGACGUCAUUUCCUCCCUAAACACAAAAUUCCUCCAAAUUUGGUCAUCAGUAACUGGUUAUGGUAAAUUAUGCGUGUGCUUCUAGCCAAUCAGAAUCGGGGAAAUAUUUUGAAUGAAUAAUAAUCCCUGUUGAAUGCAUAAAUUCAUUAUUAUCGAGUGAGUGGGUGAGUGAGUGAGUGAAUUUUUGGUACAUACUCACACCUAUACCCUAUAGUAUGACGUCAUACCAUAGGGUAAAAAAACCAUGAACACUAGAAAUAUUUUGUGGAAUAUAAAGUUAUUCUGUGACAGGUGAAACAUCCUAACCUUAAGUAGCUAGGGUGAUGAGUUUAUGGUGAGUGAAGCUUCUCUUAAUGAUAUUGUUUUUGCCUUAUUGCGACACUUAGUGUAAAAUCCUUCUUUAUCCUUUUUUUUCCCUUUUUUUCUAGCGGAAGGUCCUGAAAUGGAAGGUAAACGUAAAGAUACAUCUAUGUAAUCUUACUGGUAACCAAGGAACAUCCCAAAAUUCAGUUCUAAACGUUUAUUUCGGGUUUCAAAAAUGAUUUACUGUGAAUCUUCCCUUCGCUGAGCUACACUAAGUAGUACCAUACUAUAAGCAAUUAACUGAUUUAAUACCAGGCCUUCGUCUUGUCAAAAUUUAAGUCUGCAGGCUUUUUCGAAAAGGAUUUCGCUUAGUGAUUUUUGUAGCUUUUUAAACCAUUUGCAUUUGUGGAGACUCGAGUGUUCCUUAGCACAUUUUGUUAAUACGUUACUAUGUGGCUUACUUUUGGAGCUGCUGCGCGCGCCAAAACUCUGGUAUUACAUCGUAUCCAUUCUUUGCAGGUCCAGAGAAUGGAACCUCAGCAUUUUUCAACUUGCCGGGUAUGUGAUAUCCGAAUAAUUUUUUGUGUGUUACAUAUGUCUGAGACCUAUAUUCAUUCGCACACAUCCAAGUCUUUGUAUAACAGAGGUGCAUAUAAUUAGCAAACUUAAGUCACGGACGGCAAGUGGAAGUUAAACUUUCUCAUUCCUUGUGCUCAGUACAAUAUUUUAGUCAUCACAUUGACGUCAUAGCACGCUAGAACUAGUUCCAUUCCUUUUCCGGUUGCUGUCUGCGUCUCAAAAAAGUGGCUACGUAAGUUCGCCAUUGUUUAGAAUCAGAACCUUAUAACGUAGGUCAUAAGCUUCUCUUAGAAAACAUAAUCAUAAAUUGAUUCAAAUGAGAGAGCGGAAGAUUUUAAUUACUAAUUUUAGGAAAAACGUUGAAGGUAUGAGAUGACUUUUCAUCUCAGUUCGAGCCGUAAAGGAGGAAACACGGAACGCAGAUAGAUACUAGCCUGAGAAAACAGCAGACAUUUGGCGGCGCCAUCACUGAUUUCCCCGCGGAAUGACGUCUGAGAAACGAGCGGAGAAAUUCCAUACUGAUGACGCGUCACUACCCAGAACUGGGUAGUGUUUCUGAUUAGUCAUGGUUCUUGGUGGUGCCGCGUGGGAAAUUCGAUUCAACCAAUCAGAAGUACUACCCAGAUGUGGGUAGUGACGAGUCAUCAGUAUGGAAUUUCUGCACUGUUUCUCAGACGUCAUUUGGCGGGGAAACCAGUGGUAGCGUCGCCAAAUGACGGCUGUUUUCUCAGGCUUGAUAGAUACAUGUCAAUGAAUAUCAAAAAAGUGUAUUGCUAUUUAAAAUCGUUAAACAGAAGUCUUACAUGGGGAGGUCUAACAAAGCAUCAUUUAUUAAAGGAUACUGAAUCUAUAGUUUCAAACAAUUUACAAGUCGUCUUCUAUUUCCAUGUAGGAUGUGGCGUUCGCCCUUUUAGAGGCCGCGUAAUUGGUGGUGUCAACGCCACUGCCAACUCCUGGCCAUGGAUAAUUUCCCUCAGAAUAGGAGGACUUCACAAUUGUGGUGGCUCACUGAUCAGACCAAACUGGGUGCUUACUGCUACGCACUGCUUAUUUGACCCGAUACUAAGUAAAUACACGGUUGUUGUCGGUAAGGAAGGGAAAAAAACUAAACAUCUUGUUCACUAGUAAUGUACUCUUGCAAAACUGCAAAAUGCUAACCCUACUAAAUUCUUUAUACUAGGGGUACCUUCCGGCAAGUGCCAACGAGGCGAAUGCGUUUCUCUUUUGUGAAAUGUGCCUAUUCAGAUCUUCGCGAUAUUUUUUUUUCAUAAUUAUAAUUUUAGAGGGUUAAAAUGGAUUCCGCUAUCGGAAUAGGAUGGCACCCAACUUCAAAACAACAACUUUGGCACAUCGUAUCUUUAGGCUUUCACUUUUUAAUUAUUAAACAAUAACAACAUGGCUUGAAGCUUUGUUGGUAAAUAUGAGCAAGUUAGUACUUAUGUUUCAUGGAAAAUUCAAUUGCAUCAAAACUAUAAACGUUAGAAAGAAAAAGAUUGUUCAAAUGAGGCCUUUGACUGCUGAAAUUAUAAACAAUAAUUAACUUCCGAGCAACAGCGUCAUCAGGGAUAAGAAAAAUGUUUCGCGUGGUAAUAUACGUAAGAAACAAUUGGUGUAAAGUAAAAUGUGUGAAAAGCGCAAGAAUGGGGCGGAAUGUAUCAGAGGUAUAAAAAUAUAAACUUGAAUAAAAUACAAAGAUCUAAUGAGCGAGUGUCACAGGACAAAGAGUGCCUUGAAAGGCAUAAUGAUAGUCUUCAAAACAAAAAGGUCCGCAAAUUCGUUGCAUUCCUCACGGGAGUUUUGGGCUGUCUCAAUGUAAAUCGAGCAGCCAAGAAAACAUGCUGGUUGACAAAAUCUCUCGAAUAAAUUUUAAAAUAAAAGGUCCGCAAUUUAUAAAGCAAACCAGAGCACUAAUUGCCCUUUCAAACUAGAAAUCGUAUUAAAGCUUGCUCACCUGUUAGGUCCUCUUGAACAAACCACGAACAGCUUCACACUGAAUCAGCCAAUGUCGGUCCACGAGUUGUAAAUACAAGACAAUGACUUCACUACCCAAAUAUGGGGUCUUACUUACACCCAAAUAUGGUCAAAAAUGCAAAUUUUAGAGGGUUACGCAGAAUUUGAGAGUUUUUGCCUACAUUGCGCGGCGUUAUAAUUUGCCACCGAGUCAACCUCGCUUCUUAGCUCGGUUGCCUCGUUGGCAAUAAAAAAAUAAAGGCACCUUUUCCAGCCAAUCUUAAACAACCUUGACCUUUCACUUCUUCCCCCUCCCCCUGGCAUAACGAACUUCUCGUAACCUUAAAGGCAAUCCCCUUCGGGGCGGAUACCAAGUAUUAAUACACGGUUGUUGUCGGAAAGGAGGGGGAAAAGUUAAUAUCUUGUUCACUGGUAUUGUACUUUAAAAUUGCAAAACCUCAAACUGCUGACUCCCUUCUAAAUUCUUUAAAAAAGGUUUAGCCCCCCCCUCCCAUCCAAUUAAUCUUAAAGAGCCUUGAUCCUCCACUUCUCUUUCCUGUUGUUUUUUGAUAGUAUUGUAGUUUUUACAUUUUUUUUUUAGCGAUCUAUGAGUUGGGCCCGCAGUAAUUGGCGCUCGCUGUUGCGGUGUCUCCGCUUGUACUUUUGUGAAUAUAUGUACACUUUUUUUUGUAGUGUCACUUAUCUUAUUGUUUAGGGAAGUUAAUAAAAUAAAAAUAUAAAAAUAAAAAUAAAACCCCUAUAUGGAACUUUUCACGACCUUAAAGAGGUAAUCCCCCUUGCCACCGUUCUUUUCAAUGCCACGCAACGGAAGAAACGUUGCGUGACACCCUGAGGAGACCUCAGCAGAGGGCGGCUCAAAAAAGAAAAAGAAAAAGUAUGAAACGCAUUUGUCUCCCUGCAGGCGCAGAUUCCUUGUCCGGUUCAACGCCUGUUCAAGAAGUAUUCACGGUCAAAAGGGUUAUUAGGCAUCCUGACUUUAGUUGGAUCACAGCACAAAAUGACAUUGGUCUUUUGGAGUUAAAUGGCAAUGUCACACUGAGCAGGAAGGUGAACCUGGCCUGUCUGCCGCCACAGGGAUCUAGAAUUCCACCAGGAACACCAUGUGUAAUUACAGGUAAACAUUCCUUACUCGAUCAGGCUUUGUUCUUUUAAUAGAGCGCUUUUCGAUUAAGUUUCGUAAAACCAAAAACUAGUUAAAACCAAAGUGAUCACUACAGCCAAUCAAAAGGAAGGAAAAUAUCCGUAGGAGCCUAUAAAAGAGAACUCAGUUAAAAACAAGCACACUGCCUAAACUGCGGGAAAAAGUGUGUGAUAAUAAAGUGGUGAUUGAUUUUAGUUUCGCAUUUGAUUCAGGUUGAGAGGGUGGCGCGAGCAAUCACCGGGCGAAGUAAAGCAAAACCAAAGCAAAACCAAAGCAAUCUCGGAAUUACUUUCGACACGCAAGAGAAAAUUGCUCUGUGAGGACGAAAAAUACCGUGCUUCUUUGGAAGAUAUAUAACUAAUGACAGUUACUAAAUAAAUCUUUUAGGCUGGGGACAAACCAUUCCAUCUGGACCUCGGGCUGACAUUCUUCAGCAAGCAACUCUGCCUGUUGGUAAUCAAAGUGAUUGUAGCAGACGUAAUGGCGCAAUAGUUCCUAUCGAUGAGAGGUCAAUGUUGUGCGCUGGAGGUCAAGGAACCAGUGGUACUUGCAGGGUACGCGAAUAGAUAUACGAGAGACUAUCAAGCACUUGAUUUUCUCUUAAUCGAUUUAGCAAGUUUCAAUUGAGUGUCGAAAGUAGUCCGGGAUUGCUUUGGUUUUGCUUUACUUCUCCACGUGAUUGGUCGAGAAAACUCGCGCCAGAUACCUCAAUCACUCACACCGACAGAAGCAAAACCAAAACCAAAAGCGACUUGGUCAUCCGUGUUUUUUCGCGUUGGAAGCGGUUUGCAUGUCUUUAGUCGGUUUGAGCAUUAGGUGCUCGUAACAUUUUCCCUUAUCUGGUUGGUCGUUGUGGUUACUUUAGUUUAGAUUUUGUGCCACUCAAUCAAAAAGCACUCUGUUGGUAAACUAUGUAGACGUUUUGUAAAAUUCGUUAUUCAUUUUGCAGAAAUUCAUGGGCACUGUUCGAAAGAGGCCUGAAAUAAGCAAAUCUGCGAGGUUUAAGAGUGAUCUGUUAAACCCAAUGAUCGAGGGUAUGACUCUACAAAGUCGCGGUAUUUUAUAGACGUUUGCAUGACAGGGCACACAGACAAACAAUUUUAACAUUUUGGGUCGGCGGGGCUACAUCUCCCUUUUUUAUCAACAUAUAACUUCUCAAGCCUGGAAGGUUUUCUGGUUUUAUUGCGCUCUUUCCAACACUGGCAAUA